GGAUUUUGCGAAAGCAUUGAUUUGUUUACAAUUAGAAAUCUAUUUUGAAAUAGUUUAAAUUAAAGCUCAUUGAAUUGUAGAUUUAAAAUGGAAUUAUUAUUAAAUGUAACAACUAGCAAUGGCAAUCCUAAUAAAGAAAAGAAAGAUGAAAAGAAUAAAAUUCACUAUGCUGGAUCUGGAUUUUCCUUUGAGUUUACAAAUGAAGAGAAACCAAAAGCAACAGUCUUAGCAAGAAAACGUCCAUCAAAGAAACUUGAGGAAAAUCCUGCUGUUGAUUUCAAACUCUCAAGUACGAUUGAUGAACUAAAAGAGGAAAAUAAAAAACCACAUGGGAAAAUUAAAAAGAAAAUUUCUGAACCAACAGCAAUUCUAAAUGAAAUUCUUGAAAGAGAUUCUAAACAUGAUUUGCCAAAGCAACUUCCAACUGUAGAUUUUAUGGAUGAACCUGUAAAGUUUAAAAAAGGAAAAGCAAAAGGAAACGACAAUGAUGACAAACAUACAAAAAUCGUUGACUUCGCAAAGAAAUUAGCCAACUACAAUCCUGCAAGCUUUGCUAGUCAUCAACAAAACAAACAAGCAAACAAUCAAAAUUCUCUCCCUCCUCCUAAAAGGCAAAAACCAAAAUUCUCGAAAGUUUCAAAUCCAUUUCCAAAUGAUCCAUCAAAAAAAGUUGCCAAUAAAGAAAAACAACAAAAAUCACCAACGAAAGAACAGAAGCCAUCGAUAUCUGAAAAGCCAGGAACAUGCAGUAGUAGCAGCAAUUCAAAUGUCUUUGCAUCAGAAUCAGUUGACUCUCUGAAAAUUCAUCCUUUUGCUAUCAGAAAUAUGAAAGAUCUGUUAAAGUUUCAUCAGUUGACUCACGUUCAACAGAAGGCAAUUCCACCAGCUUUAGAGGGAAAAGAUUUGUUAAUAAGAAGUCCUACUGGAUCUGGAAAAACUCUCAGCUAUGCUUUGCCGAUUGUAGAAAAACUUCAUAAAAUGGAACCAAAACUUACAAGAGGUGAUGGAAUUCAUGCUAUUGUCAUUGUGCCAACUCGUGAACUUGCAGUGCAAACUUAUGAGUUAUUUAUGAAGUUGGUAAGACCGUUUCGAUGGCUCGUUCCUGGAUAUUUGAGUGGUGGUGAGAAAAGAAAAGCUGAGAAAGCGCGGCUUCGAAACGGAAUAAAUAUACUCAUUUCAACACCGGGUCGGAUUUGCGAUCAUCUUCUGCAUACUGAAUCGAUGAAACUUGAUAAAAUUCAAAUCUUUGCACUUGAUGAAGCUGACAGAUUACUUGAACUCGGUUAUGAAAAUGACGUGAAGAAAGUUGUCGACACGAUAAGCGAACAAAACAAAGAUUCGAGAAAUAUUCAAAAGAUUUUACUUUCGGCAACACUAACAUCGAAGGUGAAGAAGUUGGCGGGAUUGACAUUGACUGAUCCAGUUUACGUUGAUAAUGAUUCAGUGGAUGUUAUCAACGAUUCAAUGAUGAACACAGAAAGUGAUGACAACAUCGUAAUUCCAUCUGGAAUUGAGCAGAAAUAUUUUAUGCUUCCUCCUAAACUUCGUUUUAUUGUUCUCUGCUCUUUAAUCGUUCAACAAAUAAAUCGUGGUGCUAAGAAAAUUGUCAUUUUCUUUCCAACGCAACAUGUUGUCGACUUCAAUUAUGACAUUAUGGUUGAAUUCCUCACGCAACCUUUCACAAGAAAAGAGAAAACAGCGAAAUCUUAUCUGAACGACAAUGAUGAUGACAUCGAUGGAAUGUUAGAGGAACAAGAAGAGGAUGAAGAUGAAGACGAAGGAAAUAUUUGGGUUCCCAAUGUUACGUUCUUCAAACUUUUUGGCUCAAUGACACAAAUUGAAAGAGUUUCAGUAUUUCGUGAGUUUAAAGCUGUAAAAGCUGGCGUGUUAUUGUGUACAGAUGUAGCUGCACGUGGUCUUGACGUUCCACAAGUUGACUUAGUGAUUCAGUAUUCAGCACCACAAGAGUUGAAUAAUUAUUAUCAUCGAAUUGGUAGAACUGCAAGAGCUGGAAAUAAAGGUGAAGCUUUGAUCUUCUUAAAUCGUAACGAGGAGAAGUUUGUGGAGCUUUUAAAGGAGAAAAAUGUCGAGAUCAAUGAAGAAGAUUAUCAUAAAUGUUUGAAAGAAGCUCGUCUGCCAAACAUGAACAUCAAAUUUUUUGAGGAGAGAAUUGUGACAUUGCAAAGAAAACUUGAAAAUUUACUCAACGAUGACAACGAGUUGAGGAUGAAAGCAUCUAAAGCCUUCACAUCGUGGAUUUGUUACUACAAAACUUUCUCAAAAGAACUUCGGCAUAUUUUUAAUUUACGUGAGAUGCACAUGGGACAUAUCGCUAACAACUUUGGACUUCGUGAUGCACCGAAAUCUAUUGUGAAGCAACAUUCAACUGCUGAUGAUGUGAAGAAAGAGCGAAACAAAAAUUUUGAUUUUGAUCAUCGAGUUCAUGUGCCGCGAGGCGAUCAAAGAUCGAUAAACAAACUUAAAAGAAAAUACGGCGAUUUUUCGAGAACAAAUUUCAGUAAAUCGUCGACAAUAUCAGAGUUUGAUAGUGGAUUACCAGAAGUCAACAAGAAGGUUCGGACGAAGUGAAUAUUCACAAGGUAGCAGAAGUGGAACGAUUGCUUGUAAAUUAUUAAGUUGAUUUAAUUACCAUCAUUGAUGGUAAAGAAAUUUCAUUUAUUAAUAUGUAAAUAAAUGCAUUAAAAAUGGAUUUAUUUUGUUCAUAAUGAAAGUUUUUACUUAGGAAUUAGCCAAUUAAAUUUAUUGUUAGUUUCAAUUGUCUUUCACCAAUUGCUGUUCUUUGUCUAUAACUAUAAGAACAACGAUUAAAAAUUGUAAUAAAUAAAUUUGAUUCAAU